AUGACUUCUAAAAGUGAAAAAGAUCGAGCUAAACAAAUUCAGGAUCGAUGUCAGAAUAUAUUAAUGCAAAUGUUAAAGGAUGAAGAUAACAAAUACUGUGUUGAUUGCGACGCUAAGGGUCCACGGUGGGCAUCAUGGAACUUGGGCAUUUUUCUUUGCAUUCGCUGUGCUGGCAUCCAUCGAAACCUAGGCGUCCACAUCUCUAAGGUGAAGAGUGUCAACUUGGAUUCGUGGACACCUGAGCAAGUGGUCUCUCUGCAGCAAAUGGGCAACUCACGUGCCCGAGCCGUGUACGAAGCUAACCUGCCCGAUUCGUUCCGGCGGCCGCAAAAUGACAACACGCUUGAGGGAUUCAUACGCGCUAAGUACGAACAGAAGAAGUAUAUCGCAAAGGAAUGGGUGCCGCCACCACUGCCUAAAGUCAAUUGGGACAAAGAGAUAGAUGAAGAAAUAGAGCGACAGAAAAGGAAAAAAAAGUCUACUUCAUCCACAUUGGGACCACUUCCCGCACCUACAGUCGGCGACAAGAAGUACAAUAAAUCAGAUGUUAUACCAAGCAUACCGAAGCCAAAGUCUUCUGUUAGCCCUAAACUUGGCAGAAAUACACCUACAAGCAGCCAGGCAGAUACCAGCAAAACUUCCAAUGGCUCAACAGACCUUCUCGGCUUGGACACAGGAAAACCAGAGACAAAAAGCACCACAAGCGACGAUAUAUUCUCCAGUUUCUUCUCAGCACCGCAAGAAAAACCAUCUGAGACUCCUAAACCAGAAGAAAUUAAAUCUGAUUUAAAGACAGAAGAAGAAAACUUCUUUAAACAGGCAGCCCCGACUGAGAAAGAGAAAUCAAAGCUAACAAAAGACAGUAUAUUAGCAUUGUAUAGUCAAACACCAGCUACGAAUUUAGUAAACCAAUUCAAUGCUGUGCCUCCAGCGCAACCUCAAGCGUUUCCGUUUGCUCCAACGUAUCAAACCCCUAUUUAUAAUAGUAUGCCCAUUCAAAAUGGCAUGCCACAUUUUAAUCAAUUCCAACCAAUGAACAGUUUUCAACAGUUUGGAUCUCAAAUACCUCAGCAAACUAUGCAACCACCGCAGCCGACGUUCCCUCAGAACAAUCCACAAUUAUUUAGUAAUCAACCGAUUCAGCAGCCACAGCAACUGUCGCAACAGUUCGGCAACUUAAACUUAGGGCAAAGCUUUCCUAAUGCAUUCGGACAGCCAAAUACAAACGUUGCAAGUAACUCGACAUGGCAAUGA